AUGAACGGCUAUAACGUGUUGGGUCGUAUCGGUGAAGGAGCUCACGGUGUUGUUAUGAAAGCCCGACAUAUUGCUAAUGGUUCCGUGGUUGCAUUGAAGGUGGUUGAGUUAUUAGAUGUCUUUCCUCAUGGAUCCGGCAUUGUUUUGGUUUUUGAAUACAUGCCAACGGAUCUCUCAGUUUUGCUCAGGGAUGCCGACCAUCCUCUGUUGGAAUCUCAAAUUAAAUCUUAUAUGCAGAUGCUGCUAAAGGGUGUUGCUUACUGUCACAGUCAUGGCAUCUUACACAGAGUAUGUAUAUUGCUUUUAAAUAGUUCUUUAGUUAGCAUUUUAAUUUUGAGUAUUCUUUACGAUGAUUAA